CCGCCCCACCAGCCGGAGCCCGGCCCAGUGCUCCAGAGAAAGGCCGGCCUGCAGCACCCGCCACCGUCGCCGGCCGCCCGCACGUCCGUCCGGUUCUUGCUAUAUUGCCCCAGGCUGGUCUCGAACUCCUGGGCUCAAGCCGUUCUCCCGCCUCCCACUGCCCGCCUGUCACUGUCGUCUGUUCCCUGAGCUGUGCUUUACGCUGGGAAAGACAUAGAAGAACUAUUAAGAAGAUAGAAUUGUUUUGCUGCGCAGUACAGCAACAGUGGAUGUUCAAGAUUAAGAUUAGAGUCAAGUUGUGUGAUUAAGACAGAAUCUCUCUCUGUCGCCCAGGCUGGAGUGCAGUGGCACGAUCUCGGCUCACUGCAAUCUCUGCCUCCCUGGUUCAAGUGAUUCUCCUGCCUCAGCCUCCUGAGUAGCUGGAUUACAGGUGCCCGCCACCAUGCCUGGCUAAUUUUUGUAGUUUUUAGUAGAGACGGGUUUCACCAUGUUGGCCAGGCCUCGGGUCUGGUCUCGAACUCCUGACCUCAGGUGAUGGGCCUACCUUGACCUCCCAAAGUGCUGGGAUUACAGACAUGAGCCACCGUGUCCGAGCGAGACGAUCUGUUUCUUAAAAACAGUCUUCCUCUGUCGUCCAGGCUGGAAUGCAGUGCAGUGAUGCAAAUUUGGCUCACUGCAGCCUCUGCCUUCUGUGUUCAAGUGAUUCUUCUUCUGCCUCAGCCUCCCGAGUAGCUGGGAUUACAGGAGCUGUGACUGAUGAGAAUUAAAGGCCAUGGAUGAAGAUGGGCUUGAAUUACAACAAGAGCCAAACUCAUUUUUUGAUGCAACAGGAGCUGAUGGUACACACAUGGAUGGUGAUCAAAUUGUUGUGGAAGUACAAGAAACUGUUUUUGUUUCAGAUGUUGUGGAUUCAGACAUAACUGUGCAUAACUUUGUUCCUGAUGACCCAGAUUCAGUUGUAAUCCAAGAUGUUAUUGAGGACGUUGUUAUAGAAGAUGUUCAGUGCCCAGAUAUCAUGGAAGAAGCAGAUGUGUCUGAAACCGUCAUCAUUCCUGAGCAAGUGCUGGACUCAGAUGUAACUGAAGAAGUUUCUUUAGCACAUUGCACAGUCCCAGAUGAUGUUUUAGCUUCUGACAUUACUUCAGCCUCAAUGUCUAUGCCAGAACACGUCUUGACGGGUGAUUCUAUACAUGUGUCUGACAUUGGACAUGUUGGACAUGUUGAACAUGUGGUUCAUGAUAGUGUAGUGGAAGCAGAAAUUGUCACUGAUCCUCUGACUACCGACGUAGUUUCAGAAGAAGUAUUGGUAGCAGACUGUGCCUCUGAAGCAGUCAUAGAUGCCAAUGGGAUCCCUGUGGACCAGCAGGAUGAUGACAAAGGCAACUGUGAGGACUACCUUAUGAUUUCCUUGGAUGAUGCUGGCAAAAUAGAACACGACGGUUCUUCUGGAAUGACCAUGGACACAGAGUCGGAAAUUGAUCCUUGUAAAGUGGAUGGCACUUGCCCUGAGGUCAUCAAGGUGUACAUUUUUAAAGCUGACCCUGGAGAAGAUGACUUAGGUGGAACUGUAGACAUUGUGGAGAGUGAGCCUGAGAAUGAUCAUGGAGUUGAACUGCUUGAUCAGAACAGCAGUAUUCGUGUUCCCAGGGAAAAGAUGGUUUAUAUGACUGUCAAUGACUCUCAGCCAGAAGAUGAAGAUUUAAAUGUUGCUGAAAUCGCUGACGAAGUUUAUAUGGAAGUGAUCGUAGGAGAGGAGGAUGCUGCAGCAGCAGCGGCAGCCGCCGCCGUGCACGAGCAGCAAAUGGAUGACAAUGAAAUCAAAACCUUCAUGCCGAUUGCAUGGGCAGCAGCUUAUGGUAAUAAUUCUGAUGGAAUUGAAAACCGGAAUGGCACUGCAAGUGCCCUCUUGCACAUAGAUGAGUCUGCUGGCCUCGGCAGACUGGCUAAACAAAAACCAAAGAAAAGGAGAAGACCUGAUUCCAGGCAGUACCAAACAGCAAUAAUUAUUGGCCCUGAUGGACAUCCUUUGACUGUCUAUCCUUGCAUGAUUUGUGGGAAGAAGUUUAAGUCGAGAGGUUUUUUGAAAAGGCACAUGAAAAACCAUCCCGAACACCUUGCCAAGAAGAAAUACCGCUGUACUGACUGUGAUUACACUACCAACAAGAAGAUAAGUUUACACAACCACCUGGAGAGCCACAAGCUGACCAGCAAGGCAGAGAAGGCCAUUGAAUGCGAUGAGUGUGGGAAGCAUUUCUCUCAUGCAGGGGCUUUGUUUACUCACAAAAUGGUGCAUAAGGAAAAGGGAGCCAACAAAAUGCACAAGUGUAAAUUCUGUGAAUACGAGACAGCUGAACAAGGGUUAUUGAAUCGCCACCUCUUGGCGGUCCACAGCAAGAACUUUCCUCAUAUUUGUGUGGAGUGUGGUAAGGGUUUUCGUCACCCGUCAGAGCUCAAAAAGCACAUGAGAAUUCAUACUGGGGAGAAGCCGUACCAAUGCCAGUACUGCGAAUAUAGGUCUGCAGACUCUUCUAACUUGAAAACGCAUGUCAAAACUAAGCAUAGUAAAGAGAUGCCAUUCAAGUGUGACAUUUGUCUUCUGACUUUCUCGGAUACCAAAGAGGUGCAGCAACAUGCUCUUAUCCACCAAGAAAGCAAAACACACCAGUGUUUGCAUUGCGACCACAAGAGUUCGAACUCAAGUGAUUUGAAACGACACAUAAUUUCAGUUCACACGAAAGACUACCCCCAUAAGUGUGACAUGUGUGAUAAAGGCUUUCACAGGCCUUCAGAACUCAAGAAACACGUGGCUGCCCACAAGGGCAAAAAAAUGCACCAGUGUAGACAUUGUGACUUUAAGAUUGCAGAUCCAUUUGUUCUAAGUCGCCAUAUUCUCUCAGUUCACACAAAGGAUCUUCCAUUUAGGUGCAAGAGAUGUAGAAAGGGAUUUAGGCAACAGAGUGAGCUUAAAAAGCAUAUGAAGACACACAGUGGCAGGAAAGUGUAUCAGUGUGAGUACUGUGAGUAUAGCACUACAGAUGCCUCAGGCUUUAAACGGCACGUUAUUUCCAUUCACACGAAAGACUAUCCUCACCGGUGUGAGUACUGCAAGAAAGGCUUCCGAAGACCUUCAGAAAAGAACCAGCACAUAAUGCGACAUCAUAAAGAAGUUGGCCUGCCCUAACAAUACUUCUACAGAACGUUUGUAGAGAUAUUGGCCUUGAAGCAGAAAAUUCAUUUUAAAGCCAAUCAGUCUCGUUCACAUACAAUACUGUAUAUUGAUUUAUGCUGUGUACAAAUAGAAUUAUUACUUCUAGUUGACUUUUUUUAAUAUACAUUUUGCUCAGUAGUGUGUUCUGAAUUCUAUUCAGUUUGUUUAAUAAAUAGGGAAAACUGGCAACAUGCUAGUUACUUUUAAUAAAGUAAUCCCUGAUUCUAUACCGAAGUUUUAUAUCUUAGAAUUUUAUAUUUAUUUAAAUAUUUACCUUGCUUACCUUGAUGGUACUCUUCUAAGACCAUUAACUUAAGGUAACUUUAUAUUGGUAACUCUGAAAGUAUUCAUGUUGACUCAUUUUUUUUCCCCAUACAUUUCUCACAAUAAAAUUGUCAGAGACAUCUACUAAUAUAAAUGGGAGAUUUUACAGUCAGGUCUAAUUAUCAUAACAUGGAAGUCAUUUACUUGUCUUGCUUAAUAUUUUCAGACCACUUGACAGUGAAAGUUUCCAUUUGAGCUGUUGCGUCCCUGGCUUUGCUGAGUAAAGAGCAGUGGCUGGGUUCGUGUUUACUUUUCAAAUAUACUUCUUUUGGCUUUCUUUGGAUUAUUUACAUCUUUUGUCAGCAUAGCAAACUUUUAGAAAACCUUAUUGAAAAAUUGUGCUUGCUCAUGUUGUAUUUUGAUUAUUGUGUCUGUGCGGCUUCAUCUUGGAAUGGUUGUGUGCUACAAAUGACACUUACUGAGGACUGCAUUUUGGAAUCUCCUAGAGGUAACUCAUGGCUUAUAGGAUCUUUUGCAACUUUAUGUAUGUAAAUGUACCCUGAAUUAUAUAUAUACACAUAUAUAUCAUGUACCUGUGUGUAUUGCUUAUUUUACAUAUUUAUACACACAACCCCAAGUAGUAGUUGUUUAAAAUCUAUAAUGAAAAGUAUUAAAUUUACAAUAACAUGAAAGAUCCAGGGAUGCAUGAGAGAGCAUUUUGUAAGUCAUGCUCUUCAGAGAGACUACUCAGGUGAAGAAUUAGAAGGAAAAUAAGGACACUAGUAUUUUUAAAGAGUAAAGAUAUUUUCUUUUAAAUAUCUUUGGUAAUUGAAACAUAGAGGUUAAGAUGUUUCUAGGUAGAAUGUUUUCAUACAAUUUCAGCUCCAUGUCUUUAUGUUUUUCUGAAAAGCAAAUGAAUAUCCAGACAUGACUCCCACAGUUCUCUUUGAGAAGCCUGAGAGGGAACUCUGUCUUACCUAGUGAGGGGGAUGGAAAAGAAGUGAUGGCUCUGUGGACCAGAGAACGGGUGCUAAUUAUGACUUCACACUCGGCAAGUUCAGGCUGAUCUGUUAUUUCUCAGUUACAGUUAGCAAACUUUAAAAACUUAACACUCAAGUUGGCUUUGAUUAAAAGGUAAAGAUGUGUUUUAAGUGGAUAAGGAAAGUCUGAGGCCUUAUUUGGAACAUCAUCACUAAGUCUUCCACAGGUUUUUUGUUUGUUUUUUGUUGUUGUUUUUUUUUUUCUUAAGACGGAGUCUUGCUCUGUUGCCCAGGCUGGACUGCAGUGGUGUGAUCACUGCAACCUCUGCAGCUCACUGCAACCUCUGCUUCCUGGGUUCAAGCAAUUAUCUGCCUCAGCCUCUCGAGUAGCUGGGAUUACAGGCGCCCACCACCACGCCCGGCUAAUUUUUUGUAUUUUUAAUAGAGAUGGGGUUUCACCAUCUUGGCCAGGCUGGUCUUGAACCCUGACCUCGUGAUCCACCUGCCUCGGCCUUCCAUAGUGCUGGGUUUACAGGCGUGAGCCACCGCGCCCAGACACCACAUAGGUCUGAAUCAGUGUCAUACAUUCAUAAAACAAACUCGGUUAAUUAGAACUUGGUUAUGUUAAGACGAAUCUUGGAGAACAGAAAACAGUUUUUGGGGUCCCUUCAGUUGGCUAUUGGUCCGUAUGCAUCUAGCACAUUGUAGGAGAUUUAGAAAUUGUCUUCCCACCCGAUAGCUGCCUUGUCACCUCAUUAUGGUGCUCCAUCCCCUGUGUGCUUAGGUUUUUACCUUUCAUCUUUCUCUUUGCCAUUGAUGUUUGUAUUCAAGAGUUAUAUUUUUAGGGUUAGAAAUCAAAAUAUUUGGUGUUUGGCAAACCUCUGAAGUGCUAGACUGAUUUAGUCUAGUUUUAAACCAAGUGCUUUAGGCAGGUGUGAACUCCAGCCCAAAUGCCAGUCAAAGUCAAGGCAUGGGUUUUCCUAGCCUAUCUUAUAGGAAAUUCCUGUACCUUCUUGGCCCCCAUAAUGUGUUUUUUUUUUUUUUUUUUUAACUAACUUACAAUUUUGUGAUCCGUGAUUCAUUGCCCUGCGAUUCUUGAAAGCUCUGUCUGUUUUUUUGUGAGAACCUUUAAAAUCUCCCUUAAUUUUUAUUUUCCCAGAAAUAAUGUAAAAACACUUAAAUGAAAGUGGAAAUGUAUUAAUUUUAAAUCCUAUAAAAUUAAUACAGAAAAUAUAAAUGAUUGAUUGGGUCAUUUAACUAUAUUUUUUUAAAUAAACUGAAAGAUAAAGAACACAACACAUUUUAUAUUUCUCUUACAUACUCUGGAAUCAUACACAGUUCUUUUCUUUUUAAAGCACAACAUUAAAACCUUUAAAAGGUAUUUAAGGGUUUGGUCAAGUGAAUAUGAUAAAACAUACUUGUCUGUAUAAAGAGAAAAUGAAAUUGUAGUCACUGUUAUGUACUGACAUUAGUUACAACCUAGUUUUAAUUCUUAAAACAAUUUUGAUUAGCAAAGCUAAAAAAAUGGAUGUUUCAGUUAAAUGUUUUAAAGAGGUACAGAUUUUUACAAGGACAUAAUAUAAGUUAUUGUUCUGUAGAAAUAUCCUAUUAAAUAUUGUAUGUCCCUCCCUCUGUACACUUUGUAAAGAAAGUAAAAUACAUAAAAAGAAAAUCAUAUAGGGAUGUGUGACAUUAUUGUAAUUGUGUACUUGAGAAUAACGUGCAAAAAUAAAAAUCAGAAUAUUUUCCUGUUAUUGAAUGUUUAGUCUAUUUGAUACCAGUACUAAGUUAAUGCUUUUUCUCAAGGAAAAAAAAUGUACAGUUUUUGUAAACCUAAUAAACAUCAAAAGCAGUGGA